AUGUACAAGAAUAGAAAUUAUACAAAAUUUAAUUUUUUAAUUCCAGCUGUAAUGGAUCCAACACAUCGAUGGAAUUUGUAUAGGAAAGCUUUAAGAAUGGAUAUUCCCGAAGAAAAUAUGCAUGACUUUGAUGAAGAAAAAUAUUAUAGUCAAGCCGAGCAUCGAAUAAACACUUCAAUUUUACUCUCAAAAUUAGAGAUAUUUGAAGAUAUUUUGCUUCAUUAUUUAAAAAAUGAUGAAAUUAAUGAAGAAAAUCAAAAGUUUAUUGAAAUUAAAAAUAUUUUUAGUGAAGUAAAGGAUGAUGCUUAUACUCAUUUGACUUAUUCUAGUGAAUAUUCAGUUUUAAUUUUAUUCUCAAUUGUAGAAAUGCUUCAAGAUAAAAAGGCUGAAUUAAUUGAAAAAGCCAAAGAAGGAGAAGCUGGAUAUAUAAUUAAAGAAAUUUCACUUCGAUUAAAUGCCAUUAAUGUUAUCUUAAAUGAUGAAAAAAACGAUGUAAACUACUACGAGAAUUGUUAUAUUACAACUAGAAAAUUUCUCGCCUCAACCCACGCAAAAUUUUUUGAUAAAAAAUUUGAUCAAGAUAAAAGCAUCUUGGAAGAGAUUAAGUCAAAAAGAGGAACAAUUUAUUUUCUUUUAACUAUAUUUGUUGGUGAAAAUUUUAAUAAUUAUUUGAAAAAAUGGAAAAUACUCGACAAUGAAUGUAUGUAA